AUGGCGAAGAACCCCAAUCUCUUGCCUCUCCUCGACACCUUCCUUGCUCGCGAACAAGAAGAGUCGUCGAUCAGCAUAGAUGCCACGAACUCGAUGGUCGUUAACAUCCUUGCCGUCUCCCUGGUUGCUUCCUCCCACGGCUAUGAAGUCGUGCUCUUGUAUCGCCAUGUCUGCGGCAACCACCCAUUGGAGAAGCAAUUGAUGGUGCAGAGGCGGAUGAAGGAGGCGUUAGUCAAGACGUCGACCUUCUAUGGCCUGCCAAAGGCAUUGCAGGCGCUUUUCCCGCUGUUCAAGAGUCUCGAUGAGGAGAAAGGAGAGGUGGAUGAUUGGGGAGCCAGAUGGGACCGCAUCUCCCACUCCUUCACCACCACAACCACAACCACGCCCCUCGCCCCAACAGACCUCCUAACCAAAGGAGAAAUCUUCUUCACCAACCUCUGGGGUCCCACCGCCGCCGCCGAAAACUCCGCCUUUAACCUCAAGCACUGCCCCGACCUGCACUUCGUCGUCACCCUCGUCCUCAUCUGGAUCAUCGCCGACGAUUCGCUGUACGCUCCACACGAGACCUGCAUGCUCAACGCGGCGGCGAUGAUAUGUUCGAUGAACGGGGCGCAAUCGAUGUGGCAUACGCGCGUGGUGGUCAGGCAGGGUGGGACGAUGGCGCAGGCGAGGUUGGCGAGGGAUCUGGGUGUGGCGGUGAAGGAGUUGUAUAGAGAUGUUGAGGUGCCGGGAGACCGGGUUGCGGACUUUGAAAAGAUUGAUUUUGAGGACCUUGUGUCGCAUGCCUGA